UCUCUCAGUCUGAGCUGUAGUUAUCAGAGUCUCUCAGAAACCUCCUCCUGAUAUCAGGACAUCAGAGACACGUUCAGACUGAAAACUGCGUCUCGUUAAAACUAAACUUAGCACCGACACAGGAUUGGCUCUAAGAGAAGCUAAUGCAUUCUUCUGGUUGGUUCACAGACAUGUGGACCUGCUUUGUUUCUUUGUGGUUUAUGCACUUCUUGUCUCUGGAUCAAAGCCUCAGCUGAAGGUAAUGUGAUGUAAUAAACACCAGGGGGCGCCUCCACACAAGGAGUGUAUCCUCUCUCUCUCUCUCUCUCUCAGGAUGCCCUCCCUGCAGCAGACGCUCCUGUUGUCUCUCUCUCUCCCUCUCUCUCUCUCUCUCUCUCUCUCUCUCAGGAUGCCCUCCCUGCAGCAGACGCUCCUGUUCUCUCUCUCGGGGGUCCUGGCCCUCUCAUCAGGCCUCCUCUCAGCGGUGGUCUCAGGUCUCCCCCUCUGGGUGGGGGGGUCGGUGCUGUGCCUCACGGGGGCCGAGCUGGUGAACGCCUCGGGGCCCGAGCUGGAGAAGUUCAGGGGGGAGCUGAGCUAUGGCCUGCUGGGGGGGAGGAGGGUGAGGCAGUGUGGGCUGGGGGGCCGCGCCUCCUCCUUCAACUUCUUCCCAGAGCUGCUGAGCGCCAUCCCAGUGGGCCUCCAUGUCAGCGUCCUCUUCUUCUGUGGUGUGGUGGUCCUCUUCUCCUCCGUGGCCUCCGGCUUCUUCUUCUUCAACGCCUUCGGACGGCCCUACGAGACGCUGCAAGGCCCUCUGGGACUUUACCUGUGGACCGCCAUCAGCUGUGAGACAUUAAAAUCACCUGAUAUCACUGCUUAGACACUUCCUGUUCACAGAUAUCUGCAGGUAGUGAUCAGCUGCUCCCUGUGAGGCGCAGGAAGUGAUUACUGAGGUAAAGAAGCUGAUAAUGGCCGCUAUUAGAGAAACACAGUCCGGGGGGGGGAAAGGAACUGAGACUCCCAGACAAGAAGCUGCUGUCUGAGGGGAUAUCAAGCUUAAUGUGAGGGAACAUAGUGCCAAGUUCAAGGUGAUACCUCCACGAGGCCCGGGGCUGCAGGUGGCGAUGGAUCAAUCAUAGCAACACUAUUUGAAAGAACGUGUGCUUAAAAAGGGUGGGGAACAUUUCAUUUUUCAUUCCAUUUUUUUUUCACACCACUGAAACCGUGGGUUGGAUGCAUUACAGAGUUCAAGUAACAGCCCCCAGUGCCUUUG